AAGCAGCCUCCACCUACUUGUGGCCCACACUUUGUGCAUCCACCGCUCCGAUUCUCCUCUGAGCUACACUGAGGACCAGACCGGCUGCAAUCAUGAGUCAACUGGAGAUAGCAAUGGCCACCCUCAUACAAACCUUCGACAAAUACGCUGGCUCUGACGGGAAGAAGAACACGCUGAGCAAAGCUGAGGUGAAGACUUUGGUGGAGAAGGAGCUGCCUGGGUUGCUCAAGACAGUGAAGAAUCCCGGCGAAGUGGACAAGCUCCUGAAAAGUCUGGACUUCAACGGGGACGCUGAGGUCGACUUCCAAGAGUUUGUCACACUGAUCGUCGCCCUGACCUGCGCGGCACACGGCCGCUUCUCCAAACAGUAGAGAGCGAGGAGCCCAGGAGGCCCCGGGGCCACCACCGGCAGUAGCAUGAAAAACUCAUUGUACUUACUGUUACUUUGGGGCAAAUAAAGUGAUUCACACAUGUA